UUAUAUGGAGCCUACAUGUUUUCAAUGGUGGUCGUGAUGUUGAAUAUGCUCAUUGCCAUGAUGAGUAACUCUUUUCAACAGAUCCAGAAUGACGAGGACGUAGAGUGGAAGUUUGCGCGCUCUAAACUCUGGAUCAACUUCAUCGAAGAUGGCGACACGUUACCCGUACCCUACAACAUCAUCCCGAAUCCCAAGUGGCUCAUGAGAUACUUGUACGCAUGCGCGAAGAAGAUUCAAUCGUCGACAGACUCCGAGGAGGAGUCGCCGUCCGAGGAUAUGGCGUACGAGAAUCACCUGUAUAGAAGUCCAGGUGUCAGCACUGAGACUCUAGGGGGCAGCCUCCGCUCUCUACCAACGACAAAGUACAAGAAGAUCAUGCAGCUGCUCGUGCGGCGCUACAUUCACGGAGUCGCCUACUCGGACGAGUCGAACAACCUGCUCAUAGAACAAGUGUAUGGGCCCAAUUCUGCAAAACCUGGUAAAAAUACGAAACGAUUGUUAUCGUCCAUGGAUUCGGUUUUCACGGAUUACAGUCCAACUGGUGGCCAGGAUCACAUUCCGCACGUAGGCCCUCACGACCACGUCACCUCGCCCAGUGUUAGCUCUCAAGACCAUCUCGGCAACCCUCCGCCGAAAGAAAAUGGAAUCAUGCUUUCUGUGUCACGUCUAUAAGGUUUUAGUAACAGCACCGCAUGUACACGCAGGGCGGAUUUAGACAUGGUUAGGCCCCAAUAAAGCUAAGCUAUAUUAUAAUAUAUACAUAUAUAUAUAUAAACUAUGGGAAGCUGUAGAGGCCCUAUUUGGCAAUUGGUAACAGAGAAUAAGGCUUGUAACAACUGAACUUAGCAAGAAUGCCACGUUAAUUAGGUUAAAUCAUUACUUAAUAUAAAUUAUAAUAAAACUAACAAAUGAAAAAAUCGGAGAUUUUGAGAGGGCCCUUCAGACUUGAGGCCCCAAGCUGUAGCUUGUUUAGCUCAUGCCUAACUCAGGUCCUCACCGCACGCAUAAAUAGGCCUGUACCGUAGUACUAUGCUUCUUGGAGACCCUAUUUGGCCGUAUACGUGUUGUUAUUGUAAGCCUACUAUCUACUAGAAUCAAAUAUACUCAUACAAGUGUAUUAUAAUUGUGGCCACAUUAACUGGAAAGCUACAGCUUCAAUUCAUUAAGGUAUUUCACGGUUUGGUGAGAAUACACUGUAGCGCCGUACAUGAAUUGGCUCUCUUGGGCUCUUGUUACGUUGGUGCACUGUUCUUAAGAUUCUCUAUCUUACUGUGAUGCUUAGUGAUAUAGUGGUGGGGAAAACCUGCAAAUGUUGUCACCAGUAUUGGGAAGACAUGGAGAAACAUUAUUAAGCAAAUAAUUAAUAUUAUUGAACUAAAAUUUGAGAUGGAAAACAGAUUGUGGGAUCCUUAAAUUGAUAUAAAAACACUUAAGAAUCUUGCAUCCAACUGAACCUUAUUUGCACACAGCAUGAAAAUUAUUCACUCAUGUAAGAUGUAGCCUAAAAAAUGCUACCAAAUCAUUCUCGUAAACCAGUUGCAUAUCAGUCUGCCGUGAAAAAAGAUAUUAGAUUCAACGUGACAACGCUUUGAGAAAGAAUUACGAAGCGACCAAAUAAUAUAAAUCUUACAUUAAAUUUGUUUAAAAGAACAAUUUGUCAUUGAUGUUGCAUAACCAUAAGAAUAUUUUUGUUAGUACACAUUCGUCAGCUGUCAAAACAACUCGACAGUGAAGUGUGUGUGUUGUAUGACAUCUCAGUAUGUGUAAGGAAGGGAAGAAAGCAAUUGAAUAAUUAAUUAAUUGCAAGCAUUGGGCAAUGUAUAUAUUGAUAGUGUGCAUAUAUUUGCUGAUGAAUCUUUUUUCACUGUAUAUUUUAUACACCGCUUACUUUUUGCUGUUCAUCUAAAAUAAAUUGCAUCAGUGUGUAUUUGCUCAAAAUGCCUGUUUGCUUACUUGU